AUUUAGUUUUGGUUAGUUCGCGCACGGGGCCACGGCGAUUGGGACGGCCGUAAGAAUUGACGACAAAUAGACGCGAGUCAACGAAUUAAAAAAAAUAAUAAUUAAAACAAGUAAAAAAAAAAAAAUAAUUGUUAUAUUGUUAAUAAAAAAAAAAAAAUCAUUGGAUAGAGAAAGUUUUGGUUAAUCAAAAUUUUCUCAUCCCGGGUUUUUCAAAAGGGGAUGAACAUUGAUGAGAUUAAGUGAACAUCAAUUAAUUAAGUUGACGAAUUUUAAACAAGGAAAUAUAUUACUCAAGUUAAGCAAAUAAAUAAUCAACACAAGAAUUAUUUAUUUUUUUUUUUUUCUCAACACGCAGUCAACGGUGGACUAAGAGGGAAGGAGAGAGCCCUCUUUGACCAUUUUAAGAUUGUUCAAUUUAAUUUGGAAAAAAAAAAAAAAGAUUUUUUUGUUUUUGAUACAUAUAUUUUUGUGACGACUUCGUGCGCGGACCAAACGAAUCCAAGAAAUCAUAAUUGCAACACAUUUUUGCAAGCUUCAAAAAUUGAGGGGGUACAAGGAGCUUUUAUUUUGAAUGUUACCACGAAAAAAUAUAAAUUAAAAGAAGAAGAAGGUGGUGAUAAUAAUAUAUUGUUGAUGAAAUUUAAUCAAGUAAAACAAACGGGAUUUUAAUAAAUAAAAUCAGGCACCCCGUUAAAAAUGGGGGUCGCCGAUGAUUUCGCGCCAAGUUUUACACAAAAACCACAACUACGUCAAGAAGAUGAAGGCAAUCGUUUAAUAUUUGAAUGUCAACUUGUUAGUUCACCAAAACCAGAUAUAUUAUGGUUCAGGGGUGAUACACAAUUGACUGAAGAUACAAGAACAAAUUUUAAAGUACAAAAUAUUGGUACCAAUAAAUUUCUUGUUGUACUCGAACUUGAUGAUGUCAUUGAAACGGAUGCUGGACUUUACAAGGUCAAGGCCAAAAAUAAAAUGGGCGAGGUUGCUGCGUCCAUAAACCUGAACUUCAGUCCCAUGGACGAGCCUAGAGAAAAACAAAUUGAUGGUAUUGCACCAACAUUUGCAAAAAAACCAGCAAUUAGACAGGAGGAUGAUGGUAAAAGAUUGCUAUUUGAAUGUCGUAUUACUGCCGAUCCAACACCAAAGAUAACAUGGUAUCAUGAUGGGGAAGUUGUCAAGGAUUCACCAAGACACAAGCUGUCUGUUGAUAAAGAUGGACACUCGUAUUUUGUUACACUUGAAAUAAAAAAUGUAACUGUUGAGGAUGCUGGAAAAUACAGAGUCACAUCAGUAAAUGAACUCGGUGAAUCAAAUGCAACAAUAUCCCUUAAUUUCGACAGCGAUGAAGCGCCCGUACCUGAUGACGGAAUCAAGCCAACAUUCACCGAACGACCCGUGAUUAGACAGUCUGAUGAUGGCAGUACCAUUUCCUUCGAGUGUCGAUUAGUUGGAGAUCCAAAGCCAAGUGUCAAGUGGUAUCACGGAGCAAGCGAAAUUAAAGAAGGAGGAAGAUUCAAAACAUCCCUGGAAAUGGAUCAAAAACUUUACUAUUUAGCAAGACUUCAAAUAAAUACAAUUAUUAAAUCUGAUGGUGGUGAAUAUCGAGCAGUGGCUAAAAAUAAAAAUGGACAAGGAACAGCAACAAUCAAUCUCAACUUUGAAGGUGGAGAUAAACCCAAAAUUCCUGAUGGCAAGGCACCACGUUUUCCAAAAAAACCAACAAUUCGACAAGAGGGAGAUUUGCUGAUAAUGGAAUGUAUACUUGAAGCUCAUCCAGUACCUGAUAUAACUUGGUAUCAAGGUCAAAAAGCAAUAAAUGGUAGUUCACGUAUAAGAAUGUCAAGAAAAUCAACUGGCAAGGAUACAUAUCUACUCACUCUUGAAAUAUCAAAUCCAACAAAGGCUGAUGGUGGAAAUUAUCGUUGCAAUGCUUUUAAUAAUUAUGGCGAAAGUAAUGCAAACAUCUCACUUAAUUUUCAAGAAGACGCAGCUGGUUUUGCUCCUUCAUUUGUUGAAAAACCACGUAUUAUUCCUAAUGAAAGUGGUACACUUAUCACGAUGAAAUGUAAAUGCAGAGCUAAACCAAGACCAGAUGUAUUAUGGUUCCGUGGUACAACUAUUGUCAAAGAAACAACAAAAAUAUCAAUUAAAAUGAUUGACGUUGAGGAAGAUAUUUACGAGCUUACAAUGAAUAUUAAAGAUCCAUCUGGUCCAGAUGGUGGUACUUAUCGUUGUCAUGUGAAAAAUGAAUUUGGAGAAAGUAAUGCAAAUUUGAAUCUUAAUAUUGAAUCAGAGCCUGAAAUUGAAGGUGAUGGACCAACAUUUGUUGAAAAACCAAGAAUUCAAUCAAAAGAAAAUGGUUCAAUUGUUGUGAUGGAUUGUAGAAUAAGUGCAAAACCAAAACCAACUAUUGUUUGGACUCAUGAUGGUACAAUUGUCACUGAAUCAUCAAAAAUUCAAAUGACUGUUGUUGAAGAAGAAAAUAAUAUUUAUUAUAUCAAACUUGUACUUCAUGAUCCUGGUGCAGAUGAUUCUGGACUCUACAAAUGUAAUAUAAGAAAUAGUCUUGGUGAACUCAAUGCAAAUCUCACCCUAAAUGUUGAAAUUAUACCGGUGAUAAGAGAAAGACCCAAGAUCAUUAAAAUAGUCAAGAAAAAAACAGUAAUUGUAGAGUGCAGUGUUUUAUCAAAAUUCGCACCAAAUUGUGUAUGGUACAAAGAAUCUCAAGCUGUACAAGAAGAUUCACGUCACAAACUUCACGUUGAAAAAGUUAAAGAAGGUGAAUAUGCUGUCAAGCUUGAAAUUGAACAAAUUUCAGUAGCUGAUAAGGGUAAAUACCAAUUGGUGGCAAGAAAUGAAAAAGGAGAAGCUACAUCACAAGUUGUUGAAGUUGCUGAACUUCCAGAAGAAAUUGAACCACCAAAGAUUGCCUCGGGACUCCAGGCUCAGACUCUUGAGUAUGGCGAGACUCUGCAAUUGAGUGCAUGUUUGACAAAACAACAUAAAAAAACAACAGUUGAAUGGUAUAGAGAUUCAAAAUUGAUUACAUCAACCAAGACUACUACAACUUCAUUCAAUGGUAUUGAAAUGAAAUUAGUCAUCACUUCAACAACUGAAGAAUUUAGUGGUACUUACAAGGUUGUCGUAACAAAUGAAUCAGGCAAAGAUGAGUCAUCUGCUUUAAUCACAAUCAAGAAACGUGAAGAAAAAAAGAAAGACGACGAGGAGGAAGAAAAGAAAAAGAAAAAAGUAGAAAAGAAAAAGAAAGAGGAAGAUGAAAAGAUUGAAGAGGUAAAAAAAAUUGAAGAGAAAAAAAUUGAGGAAAAGAAAAAACUUGAAGAAAAGAAAAUAAUUGAAGAGAAGAAAAUUGAAGAAAAGAAAAAGAUUGAAGAAAUUAAAAAAGUCGAAGAUAAACAGGAUAUAAUUACUUGGAAAUCUGAUGAUGAUGAUGAUGACGACUAUAAAAGUAUGACUGAAGCUGAAGAUCUGGUGAGUCUCAUCGAGGACAACGAACCAAUCAUUGAAGAACCUAAUUCCGAAAUUUCCGAUAUAUUUUCAUACACCGAGGACAAGCCAGAAACAAAACCAAAUGGUAUCGACAAGCCUGGCAAGAAAGACAAAGUCGUGACUGUGGAAGAAGACAUUGUCAAUAAUGUCGAGGAAAUAAAAACAAUCAAGAAAAAACCAGAUGACAAAAAGGAAGAAAUUAAAGAGCCUGAAAAGAAGAAAACUUUAAAGAAAAAAGAGUCAAUUUCCAAGGAUUCAUCUCAGGAAAUAAUAUCCAAGUCAGACAAGCUUGCAACACGAAAAUCUUCAAUUAGCAGAGUUGAAGAAUUAAAGACCGAAAGUCGACGAAGUUCUCUUGUUUCUACAAGUGAAGAAACGAUAAGUGAAAAUGGUAGCCCAAUGUCCAGCAGACGUUCCUCAAUAACACAGAUUGCAGAGACAAAUUCUGAGAGUCGUCGUUCUUCAAUUGUAGAACAAAAAUCUGACAGUCGUCGUACUUCAAUUAUGGAACAAAAAAGUGAUAGUCGUCGUGGUUCAAUUGUUGAACAAAAAAUAGAUAGCCGUCGUUCUUCUGUCAUGGACAAAAAAACUGUUUCAGAAAAAGAACCAACAAAGAAAAUAAAGUCUGGCGAAAAAAUUGAAGACACAAAGCAGGAAUCUGAGAUUCAAUCAAAAAUAUCUGUGGAUGAAUCGAAAAAGCGUCUUUCAAUUUCGAAAAAAACAAAACCCACUGAUGAACCAGAAGAGUUGAAAGAAGAAAAGACAGCAUCAAAAUCACCUGCAGAGGAGCCUAAAAAACGUCUAUCAAUAUCCAAGAAAACAAAACCAACUGAUGAACCUGAAGAGGUAAAAGAAGAAAAGACACCAUCAAAAUCACCUGCAGAGGAGCCUAAAAAACGUCUUUCAAUAUCUAAGAAAACAAAACCAACUGAUGAACCAGAAGAGUUGAAAGAAGAAAAAACACCAACAAAAUUAUCUACAGAAGAGCCUAAAAAACGUCUUUCAAUAUCCAAGAAAACAAAACCAACUGAUGAACCAGAAGAGUUGAAAGAGGAAAAGGCACCAUCAAAAUCCCCUACAGAGGAGCCUAAAAAACGUCUUUCAAUAUCCAAGAAAACAAAACCAACUGAGCAAUCAGAUGAGUUGGAACCUGAAACAAAAUUACCAGUUGAAGAAUCCAAAAAACGUCCUUCAAUAACUAAAAAAACAACACCAACCGAAGAACCAGAGAAGUUGGAAGCAAAAUCAAAAUUAAUAGUUGAGGAAUCCAAAAAACGUCAUUCACUAUCCAAUAAAACAACGACACUUACUGAUGAGCCAGAUGAGUUGGCAAUACCAAAGUCUAAAUUAAUCGUUGAAGAGCCGAAAAAACGUCAUUCAAUAUCUAAUAAAACGACAAACGGCGUAGAGCUUGAAGAGUUGGAAAAACCAACAUCUAAAUUAUCCGUGGAAGAACCAAAAAAACGUAAUUCAAUAUCACAGAAAACAACAUCAAAUGAUAAACUUGACGAGAUGGAACCUAAACAAACCAAUGAAAAACCUAAAAAAAUUAAUUCAUUAUCCAACAAAACAAUACCAACUGAGGAAACACAAGAGUUGGAACCUAAACCAAAAUUAUCGGUAGAAGAACCGAAAAAACGUUUAUCUAUAUCCAAGAAAAUACCAAAAACUGAUGAGACAGAUGAGAUAAAACCUGAACCACAGUCCAAAUUAACGACAGAGGAACCCAAAAAACGUCUAUCUGUUUCUAAAAAGUCACCAACUGAUGAGACAGAUGAGAUAAAACCUGAACCACAGUCCAAAUUAACCACAGAAAAGCCCAAAAAACGUCUAUCUGUUUCUAAAAAAGCACCAACUGAUGAGACAGAUGAGGUAAAACCUGAACCACAAUCUGAAUUAACCACAGAGGAACCCAAAAAACGUUUGUCUGUUUCUAAAAAAUCACCAACUGAUGAGACAGACGAGAUAAAACCUGAACCACAGUCCAAAUUAACCACUGAGGAACCCAAAAAACGUUUGUCUGUUUCCAAGAAAACACCAAGUGAUGAGACAGAUGAGAUAAAACCUGAACCUCAAUCAAAACUAACCACAGAGGAACCUAAAAAACGUCUGUCCAUUUCAAAGAAAACACCAAGUGAUGAAACAGAUGAGAUAAAACCUGAACCACAGUCCAAAUUAUCCGUGGAACAACCCAAAAAACGUCUUUCAAUAACAAAGAAAACAAUACCAAAUGAAAAUAAUGAUAAAACAGAUGAGCUGGAGGCUGAGCCAAAAUCAAAAUUAUCUGCUGAAGAGCCUAAAAAACGUCCUUCAAUAUCCAAAAAAACAAAACCAACUGAUGAACCUGAAGAGAUAAAAUCUGAACCCACAUCGAAAUUAUCCGUGGAAGAACCUAAAAAAAGAAUAUCAUUUUCAAAAACAACACCUGAAGAAUCAGACGAGGCCAAAUCAUCAGUUAAAAAACCAAUAGUCAAUGGAAAAACUGAAACUCUAAAGGAGGAAGAAAAACCCAAGUCAACCCUUGGCAAACCUGAAGAACCAAAGAAAGAUGUACUCGCACUUCCAAAGCCUAAAAAAACAAGUCUUGGCAAACCCGAAGAACUCAAGAAAGAAGAAGUUGUCUUUCGCAAAGGCAGCUUGAAACCUAUCCAAAAACCAGAAGAAAAGAAUCUAAAUGACGUCAAGCUCAAGGCAAAAAAUGGAACAGUUAAACCACUACGUAGGAUACCAGCAGAUGAGGCUGUGAGCUUUAAAACAAUUCAACUGAAACCAGUUAUCAAAGAACCAAAAAAACCUGAACAAGCAGAAAAUGGUUUUAUCAUUGAGCUCAAGAAAACUGAGAAAGCUGAAAAAUCUGAUAUCAAGAAGACGAAAGGAUCAAAGGUUGAUAAAGAAAAAAAUUACGAGUUACCAGAAAUACCAGAUUACGAACGUGCAGUUUUAGAAAAACCACAAGAAUUUGAAUUUAGUGAUUAUGCUGGACGUGAUAAAACGAAAUUGGACAGACCAACAACACAAAAAUUCGAAUCAUCGAAAUUACCAGAGAUAAAAGCACCACAAGAGGCACCUAAAAUCGAAGUUAUUCGUGAGGCAUCACCAUCACCAAUUAAUAGUAGAAGACCAUCACUUGUUCCUGGAAGUGGUGCAAAUAGUCGACGAGGAUCACUUAUUCCUCCUGAAGAAUUGGGUCGUCGGCCUAGUCUUAUUAUCAGCGACGAGGAGAAUAGGAAGCUGCGACCUGGUGAAGUUUUGGACGAGAAGAAGGCUGGAAAAUUGCGCCCAGGCGAGGUGUUUGACGCCAAGAGACGUCGUCCGAGUACGGACCUCAGGAGACCAAGCGUGGCGGACCUCGAGAAUAAAAUCAACCAGCCUAGUACACCCCUCCGAGAUGUCGGAACAGCUGGACCACCACAAAUUGUGGAUGUACAAGAGUCAUACUCCGCGGUUGAAGAUUCAACUGCAUAUCUUACCGUUCAAGUUGAAGGUAAUCCAGCACCAACAUUUAAAUUCUACAAGGGUAUGACUGAAAUUAUUGAAGGCGGAAGAUUUAAAUUUUUAACUGAUUCGGAUACAAAUACAAUAACACUUUGUAUGAGAAAAACAAAGCCAAAUGAUGAGGGUACAUAUAAAAUUGUUAUUGCAAAUAUUCAUGGUGAAGAUUCAGCUGAAAUGCAACUUUACGUUUCUGAUGCAAGUGGUAUGGACUUCCGUACUAUGCUUAAAAAACGAAAGUAUCAAAAAUGGGGACCCGAGGGUCCUGAUCCAGAAAAGGUAGAUCUCAAAGAAGUUGAAAAACCAAUUCCAGCAUUGAAAAAAGUCGAGAGGAAGCAAGAUUCAUUCUUGAAACCUUUGGUGGAUAAAUAUGCAAAAGAAGGAAAAGAUAAGAAAGUUGCAUUUGACUGUAAUUUCUCAAAACCAAAUGCCAAGCCAAAAUGGUUCUUCCGCAAAGACGAAAUUUUUGCAUCAUCAAAAUACAAGUUCAAGAACGAAGAAGAUUCUUAUCAGCUUAUUAUUUCAAAUCCCAAAGUCGAUGAUACAGGAAAAUAUACAAUUGAUAUUGGUGGAAUAACAAGCAUAGCUUUCCUGACAGUCGAUGAACCGGAUCCAUCAUAUACAUUUGUAAAACCUCUAUCAAAGAAAACAAGUGGUUAUUCAAAACACGAAGCUUAUAUGGAAUGUACACUCAGUUCCAACAUGGCACAGGUCAGCUGGUACAAGGGAAAAAAUAAACUUGAAGAUGGUGACAUAUACAGUAUAUCAAAAGACAUGUCUGGUGUUUGUAGAUUAACAUUGAAAAAUGCAAAAUUAGAAGACAGUGGUGAAUACUCAUGUAAAAUUAACAAACAAACUGAAAAAACUGAUACAACACUUGAAAUUGUUGAUUAUCCAUAUAAAUUUGUAAAAGUAUUGAAACAUCAAACAGCAACAGAAAAAGAUACACUUACACUUCUUUGUGAGUUAGAUGAUGAGGCUGGUGAAGUUAAAUGGUUUAAGGGUGAACAAGAAAUAACCGCAGAUAAACGAGUACAAAUUAAGGAAGAUGGUCGUAAACGUAAAAUUGUUAUAAAAGACUGUAAAGUAACUGAUGCUGGUCUUUAUUCUUGUGUAAGUAAUGCUGAUAAAACUGAGGCUGAAAUAAUUGUCAAUUAUCUUAAUCGUUUUAAUAAAAAACUAAAAGAUACAACAGCUGUUGAACGUGAAAAAUUAGUACUUGAUGUUGAAUUACAAGAUCAAACAGCAUCAGCUGAAUGGUUUUUCAAUGAUAAACCAAUUGUUGCAAAUGAAAGAAUUGAAAUUAAAAAUUUGGGUGGUGGUAAACAUCAGCUUCUUUUUAAUAAAACUGAAAUGUCCGAUGAAGGUGAAAUAACAUGUAAGAGUGGUGAAUUAACAUCAAGCUGUAAAUUAACUGUUAAAAAAGGUGAAAGUAAACCAAUACCAGAAUUUCCAGAUAAAAUUGAAGGUCCAAUUUCAGCUCCAAUUGUCUUUAUUAUACCAUUUAAAAUUGAAGGAACAAAACAAACACCAGUAGAAGCAAAAUUAUUAAAAGAUGGAAAAGUAUUGCCAUUAAAAGAUGUUGAAAUUAUUGUUGGUGAAGAUAAAAUAACAUAUAAAAUUAAAAAACCACAACGAGAUCAAUCAGGUAUUUAUCAAUUAAAAAUUUCAAAUGGACAAGGUGAAGAAGUUAAAGAUGUCACAAUUACAAUGCAAGAUGUUCCAUCACCACCAAAAGAUGUUGAUGUAACUGAUGUAUUUGCAACAUCUUGUGUUGUGUCAUUUAAACCAUCUGAAGAUGAUGGUGGUUCACCAAUAACAAAAUAUAUUAUUGAAAGAUUAGAUAUGAGUCUAAAAAAUCAAUGGGAUUCUGUUGGUGAAGUUAAGAAUGGUGAAAAAUGUACAUACAAAGUUGAAGAUCUUAAAACUAAAAAAGAAUAUAAAUUCCGUAUACGAGCAGUUAAUAAAUUAGGUCAAAGUGAACCUGCUGCAUUUGGUAAACCAAUACUUGCAAAAGAUCCUUGGGAUGAACCAAGUAAACCAAAUAAUGUUGAAGUUGUUGAUUGGGAUGUUGAUCAUGCUGAUUUAACAUGGACAAAACCAGAAUCUGAUGGUGGUGCUCCAAUAACUGGCUAUAUCAUUGAAUAUAAAGAUAAAUUUGGCAAAGAAUGGGUAACUGGUAAAGAGAUUCCAGGGGAUGUUACUAAAGGAACAAUUGAUGGUCUCAAAGAAGGUACUCAAUAUGAAUUUCGUAUACGUGCUGUUAAUAAAGCAGGACCAGGUACACCAUCAGAUGCUACUAAGCCAAUCAUAGCCAAAUGUAGAUUUGUAAAACCAUUUAUUAUUGGUGAUCAAUUGACAAAUCUUGUUGUCAAAAAAGGACAAGUUAUUAAAUAUGAUAUUAAAUACGGUGGUGAGCCAGAUCCAGAAGUCAAAUGGUUCCUUGGUGAAAAAGAACUUGCUCCAGAUUCUGCUGAAAGACUUACUAUUGAUAAAUACGAGAGAAACACUGUUCUCACUGUGAGAAAAACACUCAGAGCUGAUUCAGGAAAAUAUAAACUUGUACUUAGUAAUAGUUCUGGUGAAUGUGAAAGUGUUGCUGAUGUUGUAGUUCUUGAUAAACCAGCACCACCAAAAGGACCAUUAGUAACUGAAGAAGUACGUGCUGAUCAUAUUACUGUCAAAUGGAAGCGUCCAGUAGACGAUGGUGGCAGUGAUAUAACUGGUUAUACACUUGAAAAAAUGGAUACAGAUAAUGGACGAUGGGUUCCAGCUGGUGAAGUUGGUCCUGAUAAAGAUACAUUUAACUUCCAAGGACUUACACCAAAUAAAAAAUAUAAAUUCCGAGUUAAAGCAAUUAAUAAAGAAGGUGAAUCAGAGCCACUUACAACUGAAGACGGUAUUAUUGCUAAAAAUCCUUAUGAUGAACCUGAUGCACCAGGAAAACCUGAAAUAUUUGAUUAUGAUAAUACAAGUGUAUCACUCCGUUGGGCAAAACCAGAAAAAGAUGGUGGACGACCAAUUCUUCAUUAUAUUAUUGAACAAAAAGAUAAAUUUUCACCAGAUUGGCAAGAAGUUAUGAAAACAACUGAUGCAAAUCCUGAAGCAAAAGUUGAGGGACUCAAAGAAAAAGCAGUUUAUCAAUUUAGAGUUAAAGCUGUUAAUAAAGGUGGAAUUUCAAAACCAAGUGAACCAACAGAUAAUCAUAUUUGCAAACAUAGAAAUUUAAAACCAAGAAUCGAUCGUACAAAUUUAAAAUCUGUUGUUAUCAAAGCUGGAAGAACACACAAAUGGUCUGUUGAUGUUAUUGGUGAACCUCCACCAAUUUGCAAUUGGAUUUGGCGAGAUAAUAUUCCUUUAACAACAACUGAGCGUAUUAAAAUUGAUAAUGUUGAUUAUCAUACUGACUUUACAGUUAUCAAUGCAACAAGAAAAGACACUGGAAAAUAUACAAUUACUGCUGAAAAUGUAAAUGGUAGAGAUGAAGAAACUGUUGAUUUGACUGUUCUUGGUAAACCAGAUUCUCCUGGUGGUCCAUUAGUUGUUACUGAUGUUACAAAUAAAAGUGCUAAAAUUAAAUGGAAAAAACCAGAAGACGAUGGUGGUGUUCCUAUAAAAGAAUAUGAAAUUGAAAAAAUGGAUACAAAAACAGGUAAAUGGGUUAGAUGUGGUAAAGUACCUGGUAAUUCACCAGAUACAGAAUUUGAAGUUACUGGAUUAAAUCCAGGAAGUGAAUAUUUAUUCAGAGUUACUGCUGUAAAUGAUGAAGGUGAUUCAGAGCCUUUAGAAAGUACUAAACCAGUACUAGCUAAAAAUCCAUUUGAUGAGCCAAAUGCUCCAGGUACACCACUUAUUACUGACUAUGAUAAUGAAUCUGUCACUAUCAAAUGGACAGCACCAGACUUUGAUGGUGGUGCUCCAAUUGAAAAAUACAUUAUUGAAAAAAAAGAUAAAUUCAAGCCCGAUUGGGAAAAAGCAAUGGAAGUACCUGUUAGCGAUGAACUUACUGCUAGAGUAGAAGGACUCAAAGAUCGUGGUGAAUAUCAGUUUAGAGUUAUUGCUGUAAAUAAAGCUGGACCCUCACCACCUUCUGAUGCUUCAAAGAUGCAAAUGGUCAAACACAAAGCACUCAAACCGAGAAUCGACCGUACAAACUUGAAGCCAAUUGUCGUGAGAGCUGGUAAACCAAUAAAGUAUGAUGUAGACGUACGAGGUGAACCACCUCCAGAAAUAACUUGGUAUCACAAAGAUCAAAUUAUCAAGUCUAGUGAAAAUAUUGAAGUUGUCAAUAUUGAUUAUAAUACAAAACUCAGUAUAAAUGAUUCACUUCGUAAGAACACUGGAGUAUGGAAAAUAAAAGCAGUUAAUGCAUCAGGAGAAGAUGAAGCUGAAGUCGAGGUGACUGUUCUUUCAUCACCUGGAAAACCAAAAGGUCCACUCAAGGUUACCGAUGUUACAAAGAAUAGCUGCAAGUUGAAAUGGGAAAAACCUGAUGAUGAUGGUGGUAAACCAAUUACUGGAUAUCAAGUUGAAAAAUUAGACAAAACAACAGGCCGAUGGGUACCAGUUGGACGAACAAACGAUACCGAAAUCGAUGUUAAGGGUCUUGCAGAAGGUCAUGAAUACGAAUUCCGUGUCAAGGCAUUAAAUGAAGAAGGGGAAUCAGAAGCAUUAGUUACAGACGGUGGAAUUAUUGCUAAAAAUCCAUACGACACUGCUGAUAGACCUGGUGCUCCUGAGCCAGAAGAUUGGGAUGUCGACAGAGUUGAUCUCAAAUGGACUCCACCUAAAAAUGAUGGUGGUGCUCCAAUAACUGGUUAUAUAAUUGAGAAAAAAGAAAAACUUACAAGCCACUGGGAAGAGGCUGCUGUAACAACAAGCUCUGAACCAAAAGGACGUGUUGAAGGUUUGAAAAAAGGAUCAACUUAUCAAUUCAGAGUUCGUGCUGUUAACAAAGCUGGACCAUCAGAGCCCAGUGAUGCCAGUAAGCCACACAUUGCUAAAGCUCGAUAUCUUAAACCACAUAUUAAUCGUGAUAAAUUGCAACAAAUUAAAAUACGUGCUGGUCAACAUGUGAAAUUAGAAGUUGACGUUGAGGGUGAACCUCCUGCAACCAUUACAUGGUCUAUUGGUACUCGUACUCUUGAAAAUACACCUGACCUUAAAAUUGAAAAUGAGGAUUAUUUGACAAAAUUGAAUUUGUCUCAUACAACUCGUAAAGAUACUGGCAAAUAUACAAUUAAAGCUGUAAAUGAUUCUGGCAAAGAUGAGGCUGAUGUCGAAAUAAUUAUUCUUGAUAAGCCUGGUAAACCUGAGGGACCACUUGAAGUUGUUGAUGUUCACAAAGAAGGUUGCAAACUUAAGUGGAAAAAACCCAAAGACGAUGGUGGUCUUCCACUGUCAAGUUAUGUAAUUGAAAAAAUGGAUUUGACAUCAGGAAGAUGGGUACCAGCUGGAAUUUGUGAUCCAGAAAGAACUGAACAUGCCGUGACUGGACUUGAGCCAGGACACAAAUAUGAAUUCCGUGUUAAAGCAGUAAAUGAAGAAGGAGAAUCAGAGCCACUAAAUACAGAGUCAGCAAUCGUUGCUAAAAAUCCAUAUGAUGCACCAGCAGCUCCUGGCCUUCCUGAAAUUAUUGAUUGGUCAGAAAACUCAGUAACUUUGAAAUGGGAACCACCUAUCAGAGACGGUGGGGCACCAAUCACUGGUUAUGUCAUUGAAAUGAAAGAAAAAUUCGGCACAAGUUUUGUCAAAGCAGUCGAAACAACUAGUCCAAAAUGUGAAGGAAUUGUUCCACGUCUAGUUGAAGGUACACAAUAUCAAUUCCGUGUACGUGCUGUUAAUAAAGCAGGACCUGGUGAAGCAAGUGAAGCAACAAAUCCACAUACAGCUAAAGCACGCUGGCUUAAGCCUCACAUUGAUCGAACAAAUCUCCAAGCACUCACUGUCAAAGUCGGUCUUACAAUUAGUCUUGAUGUCAAUAUUAUCGGUGAACCUGCUCCAGCAGUGAUUUGGACUUUCCAUGAUGCUCCUUUAAAAACAGACGAUAUUUAUCGUAUUGAUAACAUUGACUAUAAUAGUAAAUUCUUUAUAAUGAAAGCUAAACGUAGUCACACUGGUCUUUACAAAAUUAAUGCCAAAAAUGAAGUAGGUGAAGAUGAUGCUGAGAUUGAAAUAACUGUUCUUGGUAAGCCAACAAAACCUAAAGGCCCACUUGAUGUCACUGAUGUUACUAAACAUGGUUGCAAGCUUAAAUGGAAAAGACCAGAAGACGAUGGAGGAUCACCAAUUGAAUAUUACGAAAUUGAAAAACUCGAUCCAUUGUCAGGUGCUUGGGUACCUUGUGCACGAUCAACUGAACCAGAAGCCAAUAUUCAAGGUCUUCUGGAAGGAAAGCCUUACAAGUUCCGUGUAAAAGCAGUCAAUAAAGAAGGUGACUCUGAAGAACUCGAAGCAGAUAAAUCUAUUAUCGCCAAAAAUCCAUUUAAUGAACCAAGUAAACCAGGUCGUCCUCAGAUCAAAGACUGGGACAAAGACUUUGUUGAUCUUGAAUGGGAAGCACCAGAAGAUGAUGGAGGUGCAAAAAUUGAAAAAUAUAUUGUCCAAAUGCGUGACAAAGAUGGUAGACAGUGGGUUGAUGCUGCUAUGGUUGUUGGCGAUAAAACUCAUGCCAAAGUAACCGAAGGUAUUGAGCCAAAUCAUGAAUAUGAGUUCCGUGUUGUUGCGGUCAAUAAAGCUGGACCAAGUGAGGCAAGUGAUGUGUCAAGAAGUGUAGUAGCAAAACCACGUUUCCUUGCUCCAAGAAUUGACAGAAAAAAUCUUGGAAAGAGAACAUUGCGUGUUGGUCAAAUGCUACGACUUGAAGCUGAUAUUAAGGGUGAACCUGCUCCAACAGUUGUUUGGAAAUACAAAGAUGCAAUUCUCAAAAGUGUGGAUCGCUUGAAAAUUGACAAUGAAGAAUAUCAUACAUUAUUCAUGUUGAACAAAGUUAAACGAUCAGAUACUGGUAGAUACACAGUUACUGCAACAAAUGAUAGUGGCAGUGAUGAAGUUGAUAUAGAAGUUAUUGUAACAAGUAAACCAACAAAACCAAAAGGACCUCUUGAUGUAUCUGAUGUAACUGCUGAAGGAUGCAAACUUAAAUGGAAAGCACCAGAAGAUGAUGGUGGUGAGCCAAUUGAUCAUUAUGUUAUCGAAAGAAUGGAUGUUGAUACAGGAAGAUGGGUACCAUGUGGAACAAGUAAAACACCUGAAGCAGAAAUUGGUGGAUUAAAUGAGGGAAAAGACUACAUGUUCCGUGUGAAAGCUGUCAAUGCCGAGGGUGAUUCUGAGCCACUCGAGACAGAUAUAUCGAUAACUGCUAAAAAUCCUUACACAGAGCCUGAUGCACCUGGUAAACCAGAACUCAAAGAUUGGGAUAAAAAACAUGUUGAUCUUAAAUGGAAAGCACCGAAAAAAGAUGGUGGUGCUCCUAUUGAAAAAUAUAUUAUUGAGAAAAAAGAUAUGUAUGGAAAAUGGCAAAAAGCUGCUGAAGUACCUGGUAAUCAAACACAGGGUACAGUUGAAGAUCUUACAGAAGGACAAAAAUAUCAAUUUAGAAUUAAAGCCGUUAAUAAAGGUGGUAUAAGUCAGCCCAGUGAUCCAAGUGAUAUUUUAACUGCCAAAGAUCGUUUUGCUGCUCCUAAAAUUGAUAGAACAAAUCUCAGAGAUCUCACUAUCAAGGCAGGUAAUCAUAUCAAAUUGGAUGUUAAAGUAUCUGGUGAACCACCUCCAACAAAAAUAUGGUAUCACAAAAAAGUGAAACUAGAAGAAUAUUCAAAUAUUGCAGAAAUUGAAUAUGAAGAUUAUAAAACUAAGUUUAUGGUUUCUUCUGCUACACGAGCACACUGUGGCCAGCUGACACUAAAAGCUGAAAAUGAGUCUGGUAAAGACGAGGCUUCUAUUGAAAUUAUAGUGCUUGAUAAACCUGGCAAGCCAGAAGGACCUCUUGACAUUUCAAAUGUUCACAAAGAAGGAUGUAGUCUUAAAUGGAAAUCACCAUUAGACGAUGGAGGUGUCCCCAUUGAGCAUUAUGUUGUUGAGAAACAAGAUAGAGACACUGGAAGAUGGAUACCAAUUGGUCGUACUAAGGAACCAAAUUUCGAAGUUGAAAACCUUGUCCCUGGCCAAGAAUACAAAUUCCGUGUGGCUGCGGUUAAUGCUGAAGGUGAAUCAGAACCAUUGGUUGCUGAUCAUAGUAUUGUGGCCAAGAAUCCGUUUGACGAGCCAGGAGCACCAGGACGCCCAGAGGCAAUUGACUGGGAUAAGGAUCAUGUUGACCUCAGAUGGACCCCACCGUUGAAAGACGGUGGAUCUCCAAUCACUGGUUACGUGAUUGAAAAACGUGAAAAAGGCACACCCAGAUGGAUUAAAGCUUGUGAGACUGGUCCAGAUUGUAAGGGCCGUGCUGAAAAUCUUGACGAAGGUACCGAGUAUGAAUUCCGUGUUAAAGCAAUUAAUGCAGCUGGCCCUGGUGAACCGUCUGAUGCCAGCAAGUCUGUAAUUGCCAAGUGCAGAAAGGUACCGCCAAAGAUCGAUCGACGCACUCUCCGAGACGUAAAUGUUCGCGAAGGCGAGCGCUUCCACUUUGACGUCAGGAUAUCGGGUGAGCCAGUGCCAGAAGUCACUUGGUUGAUAAACGAAAAAGGAGUUCAUACAACUACUCACCGAAGAGUUGUCGAUGAACCCUACAAUACGAAAUUCUAUAACGACAAACCUGAACGCAAAGAUACAGGAAUUUACAAGAUCACUGCAAUUAACCAGUAUGGCAGUGACGAAGCUGAAGUUGAAGUUAAUGUUGUUUCUAAACCUGCAAAGCCAGAAGGACCAUUGGAUGUUUCUGAUAUUCACAAAGAUGGUUGCACUCUUAAAUGGAGAAAACCAAAAGACGAUGGUGGUGAACCGAUUGAGGCAUAUCUCGUAGAAAAAUAUGACCCAGAAACAGGCGUCUGGUUGCCAGUUGGCAAAUGUUCAGGCACAGAAAUGAAGGUCGACGGCCUUACACCAGGUCAUGAAUAUAAAUUCCGUGUGAAGGCAAUCAACUCUGAGGGUGAAUCUGAGCCUCUAGAAACGUAUGGAUCGAUUAUUGCUAAAGAUCCAUUUACUGUUCCAUCAGCACCAGGAGCUCCUGAACCUACUGACUGGUCAGCAAAUACUGUUGAUCUUAAAUGGCGUGAACCUUUCACCAAUGGUGGAUCUCCUAUCACCGGAUAUAUUAUUGAAAAGAAAGACAAAUACUCACCAAUUUGGGAAAAAGCUUUAGAAACAACAGUUGAUAUACCAGAAGCUCAUAUUACUGGCCUUAUCGAAGGAAACGAAUAUCAGUUCCGUAUUAUUGCAGUUAAUAAAGCUGGACAAUCAGAACCUGGUGAUACGAGCAAGACAUUCCUUGCUAAACCUCGUUUUCUUGCACCGAAAAUUGACCGAAGAAAUCUUAGAGAUGUUACACUUUCAGCUGGUUCAUCUCUUAAAUUUGAUGCAAAUAUUAUUGGUGAACCAGCUCCACAUGUCGACUGGCGUUGUGGAUCUAUCCCUGUUGUAUCUAGCAAAACAGUGACUCUUGAAAAUCCACCAUACAGUACUAAACUUAUAAUAAGACCUGUUGUACGAGGGGAUAGUGGUGAAUAUGUUGUUACGGCAAUGAAUUCAUCAGGCAAAGACAGUGUUUCAAUUAAUGUCGUUGUCACUGAUAAACCUACAGCUCCUGAAGGGCCUCUUGUAAUUUCUGAUGUACACAAAGAAGGCUGCAAACUCAAGUGGAAGAGACCACUGGAUGAUGGUGGCACUCCCAUUGAGUAUUAUCAAAUUGACCGAAUGGAUCCUGAGACUGGCUGUUGGGUGCCAUGUGCACGUGCACCAGAAGCUGUUGCAGAUAUUACUGGCUUGACUCCUGGUAAAGAAUAUAAAUUCCGAGUAUCAGCUGUCAAUGCAGAAGGUGAAUCUGAGCCAUUGACUGCCGAAGAAACAAUUAUUGCUAAAAAUCCAUUUGACGAACCAGGCAAACCCGGGGAUCUUAAAGCAACUGAUUGGGAUAAAGACCACGUCGAUCUUAAAUGGAAACCACCAACUGAAGAUGGAGGUUCACCCAUUACUGGAUACAUUGUCGAAAAAAAAGAUAAAUAUGGUGGCUGGGAAAAAGCACUUGAAGUACCUGCUGAUGUAACAUCAGCAACUGUACCAGAUUUAAUUGAAGGACAACCAUAUGAAUUCCGUGUACGUGCUGUCAAUCAAGCUGGACCCGGAGAACCAUCAGAUGCAACUCCAACAAUUAUCGCUAAACCAAGAAAUCUUGCACCAAAAAUUGAUCGUACAUAUCUUAGUGAUAUCAAGAUCAAGGCAGGCCAAAACUUUAGUUUUGAGGCAAAGGUUACGGGUGAGCCGACUCCAACAACAAAAUGGCAGUUUGCCAAUCGUGAUUUAGGUCCAACUGAUCGUAUAAAAAUGAAACACGUUGAUUAUGCGACCAGUCUCAAUGUGAGGAUGGCAACGCGUGCUGAGUCUGGUAGAUAUACAAUAGUUGCUGAAAAUAUUAAUGGAAUAGAUACGGCAACAGUAAAAGUGACAGUUCUUGAUAAACCCGGAGCACCAGAAGGCCCAUUAAGGGCAUCAAAUAUACACGCUGAAGGUUGUAAAUUAUCUUGGAAUCCACCUGAGGAUGAUGGAGGCCAACCAAUUGAAAAGUAUGUCGUUGAAAAAAUGGAUGAUACUACGGGUAGAUGGGUACCAGCUGGUGAAACAGAGGGUGAUGAAACAAACCUUGACAUUGAUGGCUUGACGCCAGGACACAAGUACAAAUUCCGCGUGCGUGCGGUAAAUAAACAAGGCAAAUCUGAUCCAUUAACAACAGCACAAAAUAUUGAAGCAAAGAAUCCAUUUGAUCAACCUGGUAAACCUGGAACUCCAACUAUUGUUGAUUACGAUACUGAUUUUGUUGAAUUAGGCUGGCCUCAUCCACUUGAAGAUGGUGGUUCACCUAUUACUGGAUAUAUAAUUGAAAAACGUGAUAAAUUCAAUCCAGAUUGGGUAGAAUGUGCAAAAGUUGAGGGAGAUGUAAAUCGUGGAAAAGUUCCUGACCUUAUUGAAGGUACACAAUAUGAAUUUAGAGUACGUGCUGUAAAUAAGGCUGGGCCAGGAGAGCCUUCUGAUGCAACACGACCUCAUAUUGCCAGACCAAAGAAUUUAGCACCUAAAAUUGACAAGAAAUACAUGCUUGAUGUUAAAGUACGUGCUGGUGGUUUCUUUGACUUUGAUGUACCUGUUAUUGGUGAACCACCUCCAACAAAAGAAUGGAACCUCAAGGGCACAACAAUCAGUAAUGAUGACCGUAUUAAAAUAACCAACACAGACUACAAUACAAAAGUCAGAUUUAUGGAUGCACAUCGUUCUGAUUCAGGUGUCUAUACACUCACAGUUAAAAAUGUAAAUGGAAUUGACAGUGCAACACUAAAUGUGACUGUUAUGGAUGUUCCAUUGCCUCCAGAAGGCCCACUUAAAGUUGAAAAUGUUACAAAGAAUGGUUGUACUCUCACUUGGAGAACUCCAAGAGAUGAUGGAGGCUGUGAAAUACUUUAUUAUGCAGUAGAAAAAAUGGACUCUGAAAGUAUGCGUUGGGUGCCUGUAGCAGAGUCUGAAAUAACAACAUGUAAAGUUGAUCAUCUCAUUGAAGGACAUUCAUACACUUUCCGUGUUCGUGCUGUUAAUAAAAUGGGUGAAUCAGGCCCACUUACUGGACUCGAUGAAAUCACUGCUAAAGAUCCAUUCGGAAAACCCAAUAAACCAGGUCAACCUAUUCCAACAGAUUGGGACAAAAAUCACGUUGAUCUUGAAUGGACACCUCCCAAAAAUGAUGGAGGAUCUCCAAUCACUGGCUAUAUUAUUGAAAAACGACCACGUUUUGGACAAUGGGAAAAAGCAGUUGAAAUUCCCGGUCAGUCAUGUCGUGGACGUGUUCCUGAUUUAACUGAAGGCCAAGAAUAUGAAUUUAGAGUUAUUGCUGUUAACAAAGGAGGAUCAGGUGAACCAUCUGAAGCUUCUAUGCCAGUUAUCUGCAAACCACGAUUCCAAGCACCUAAAUUCGAUAGAUUAUUAAUGAGAGAUCUUGUUGUUCGUGCCGGACAAAAAAUUGGCUGGGAUUUACCAAUCGAAGCUUCUCCAAAACCAACAGCAUAUUGGACACAAAAUGGUGAUGCAAUUGUUUCUGAUACACGACAUGAAAUUUACACAACAUCAACAAAUACGACUUUCGAAAUACCUUUCUCUGUACGAUCUGAUGGUGGUCGUUAUCAGCUAACACUGGUUAAUGAUCAUGGAAAAAUGAUUGCAAGUGCUGGCGUUGUUGUCUUAGAUAGACCAUCACCACCACAGAAACCUUUGCUUGUCACAAAUAUCACUAAGGAUAGUUGUCAUCUUUCAUGGCAAUUACCAGCUGACGAUGGUGGUAGUCCUAUUUUACAUUAUGUUAUUGAAAAAAUGGAUGUCUCACGAGGUACUUGGACUGAUGCAGGAAUGGCAAUGGGUCUUAAUCAUGAAGUCUAUAGAUUAGUACAUCGCAAAGAAUAUCAUUUCCGAAUUAAAGCUGUGAACAAUGUUGGAGAAUCAGAUCCUCUUGAAACAGGAAGAAGUAUCAUUGCUAAGAAUGAAUUUGAUGAGCCUGAUGCUCCUGGUAAGCCUCAAAUUAAAGAUUGGGAUAAAGAUCAUGUAGAUCUUACCUGGCCAGCUCCAGAGAACGAUGGAGGCUCACCAAUUACUGGAUAUAUCGUUCAAAAGAAAGAAAAAGGAUCUCCUUACUGGAUUAAUGCUGUCCAUACUCCAGCUGGAAAAACAAGCGCAACAGCUCCUGAUUUAACUGAAGGACAAGAAUAUGAAUUCCGAGUUAUUGCUGUGAAUGAAGCUGGUCAAUCAGAACCUUCAGAACCAAGCGAUACAGUCAUUGCAAAAACAAGAUUCCUUGCACCGAAAAUUAAAACACCACUUGAUGAUAUUCGUAUCAAAGCAGGGCUUGUUUUCCACGUGGAUAUUGAUUUUAUCGGUGAACCAGCACCAGAAGUCACUUGGACAUGCAAUAGUAAAUCUCUUGAAACCAAUGAGAGAACAACAAUUACUUCAAUUGGCUAUCAUACAAUUGUUCAUACUGUAAAUGCAAAGAGAAGUGACUCAGGACGAUACCGAUUAUUCUUAAAAAAUGACAGUGGUACUGAUGAAGGUUCCUUUAAUCUUGUCGUUCUUGACAGACCAGGCCCACCAGAAGCACCUCUCGAUUAUGAAGAAAUAACGAGUCAAUCUGUUACACUGUCAUGGAAACCACCAAAAGACAAUGGUGGCAGUGAAAUUACUGGCUACGUAAUUGAAAAACGUGAUUUAACACACGGCGGUGGCUGGGUACCAGCAGUUAAUUAUGUAAAUCCAAAACAAACUCAUGCAACUGUUCCUCGUUUAAUUGAAGGAACAAAGUACGAAUUUAGAGUAUCUGCUGAGAAUUUACAAGGCCGAUCAGAUCCAUUAAAGACUGAUCGUGCUGUUAUAGCUAAAAAUCAAUUUGGAGUACCUGGACAACCUGGAAAACCUGAGUGUACAGAUGCCAGCAAAGAUCACAUCAAUAUCAAAUGGACACCACCAAUUAGCAAUGGAGGAUCAAUCAUUUUAGGAUAUGAAGUUGAAAGACGCGAUCGUGCUGCUGGUCGUUGGAUAAAAUUGACUAAAGAACCACAAAAAGGAGUCGAGUAUCUCGAUGAACAUGUGACUGAUGGGCAUCAAUAUGAGUACAGAGUUUCAGCAGUCAAUGCUGCUGGAGCUGGAAAACCAAGUGAAGCUUCAAAUGUUAUAACAGCAAAACCAAUGAAAGAAAAACCAAAACUUCAUUUGGAUGGUUUGCAUGGUUGUAGAAUAAGAGUAAGAGCAGGAGAGCCAAUCCAUGUUGACAUUCCGAUAUCUGGCUCACCAACGCCAAGAGUUAGCUGGCAAAAAGAUGCCAAUAAACUCCCUGAAUCCUACCGUAUUACAACAGAAACAAAGAGUGAACAUACAGUGCUGUUAAUCGAAAAAUCAGUACGCGAAGAUGCAGGCCUUUACAAAGUAUCUGCAACUAAUGAAUUUGGUGAAGAUUCUGCUGAUAUUGAAGUGAUUGUUGUCGACAAACCAGACCCACCAAAGGGACCACUCUUGUAUUCCGGUACGAAUCAUGAAUCGAUAUCAUUAUCUUGGUCUGUACCAGAUGAUAAUGGUGGUGCUGAAAUUACAAAUUACAUUGUUGAAAUGUGUGAUUUUGGAAUGGACAAUUGGAGACAAUGUCCUGGCUAUUGUCCAACUUGUCACUUUACAGCACGAGGUCUUCAAGAAGGCAGACGAUAUGUUUUCCGUGUUCGUGCAGAAAAUUUGUACGGAGUAUCAGAACCUCUUGAUGGUAAGCCUGUUGUUGCAAAAAGUCCAUUUGAUCCACCUGGUGCUCCUAGUCAACCUGAAAUUCUUGGCUACACACCAAAUACUUGCACUUUAUCUUGGAACCCACCAGAAGUUACUGGUGGAAAACCUAUCACUGGUUAUUAUGUUGAAAAACGUGAGCGUGGAGGUGAAUGGCUCAAGGUUAAUAAUUAUGCAACACCAAAUACAACUUUCUCAGUGCAAGAUCUUCAUGAUGGUGGUCGUUAUGAAUUCCGUGUUAUUGCAAUUAAUGAAGCUGGAGCUGGAGAUCCAAGUAGACCAACUGAACCAAUUGUUGCUGGACACCAGCGACUACGCCCAGAUGCACCUGAACCACCAAAUGCUGACCGUAUUACAAAAGAUUCUGUAACUCUGUCAUGGCGUCCACCUAGAAAUGAUGGUGGUGCUAAAGUUCGUGGUUAUUAUAUUCAGUCAAAGAAAAAGGACGAUGCUGAAUGGAAUGAUGUUAAUGGCGCAAUAAUAACUGGAAAUGUGUACACUGUUCCUCGACUAAGAGAAGGUGAUGAAUAUCAAUUCCGUGUCAUUGCUGUUAAUGACGUAGGCAAAAGUGAUCCAAGCCGGGCAAGCAAUCCUGUUAUUAUCGAAGAACAACCAAACAAACCUAUUUUGGAUCUCAGUGGACUUCGGGAUAUUACAGUACGUGCUGGAGAAGAUUUCUCUAUUCACGUUCCUUAUAUUGGUUUUCCAAAACCAACUGCUACUUGGUUUGCCAAUGACGUUGUAUUUGAUGAGACUGAUAAACGAGUUCAUCAACAACAAGCUGAUGAUUACGUUUCUCUUGUAGUUAAAAAUUCAAAACGUACUGAUGGAGGACAAUAUCGUCUUCAGCUUAGAAAUUCAUCUGGUUUUGAUACUGCUACACUCAAUGUUCGUGUAUUAGAUCGUCCUAGUCCACCACAAAAUCUACGAGCUGAUGAAUUUGCUGGAGAUGCACUUACACUUUACUGGACUCCACCAAAAGACAAUGGUGGUGCUGACAUAACAAAUUAUGUUAUUGAAAAACGUGAAGGCAGAGGACAAUCAUGGACAAAGAUUAGUAGCUAUGUAACAACAACAUUUGUACGAGUGAGAAACUUAAAUGUCGGUCAAGAAUACGAUUUCCGUGUAAUGGCAGAAAAUCAAUAUGGAACUUCAGAUCCAGUUGAAACGAGCCAGCCUAUCAAAGCAAGAUUUCCAUUUGACGUACCAACGGCACCAGGAGUUCCAAGUGGAAUCGAAACAACAGAAGAUAGUAUUACAAUCACUUGGGAUAGGCCAAGACAUGAUGGUGGCUCGCCUAUUAUCGGUUAUGUUAUUGAGAAACGUGGUAUCAGUGAAGAAAAAUGGAUUAAAGCAACUCCAGCUCAUAUUCCAGACAUUCAAUACAAAGUCGGAGGACUUAUUGAAAAUCAUGACUAUGAAUUCAGGGUUGCUGCAAUUAAUGCUGCAGGACAAGGUCCAUGGAGUUCAAGCUCAGAUGCAAUUCGAGCAAGUGCACCUUCAUUUGCUCCAAAGAUUACUAGCGAUUUAAGCAUUCGUGAUAUGACUGUAAUUGCUGGAGAGCUUUUCACAAUAACCGUUCCAUUCAAUGCUCAUCCAAAACCAAAACCAGGCUGGUCUAUUAAUGGUGAAGAAGUUCUUACAGACUCUAGAAUUAAAUUUGAAACGAACGAAUUUUCAUCGAAAUUCAUUAACAAUAAAGCUAAACGUAGUGAAACAGGAAUUUACACAAUUGUUCUUACAAACACAAUUGGAACAGAUACUGCUUCAUGUAAAGUAUUGGUUGUUGACAAACCUUCACAUCCUCAAGGCCCAUUAGAUAUAUCUGACAUUACUCCAGAAACUUGCUCGUUGAGCUGGAAAGCACCAUUUGAUGACGGUGGCUCACCAGUCACCAAUUAUAUCGUAGAAAGACUUGAUCCAGGUGGUUAUUGGUUAAAAUGCAGCAGUUUCGUUAGAAAUACACACUAUGAUGUCAUGGGAUUAGAAGCAAAUAAAAAAUACAACUUUAGAGUUCGUGCAGAAAAUCAAUAUGGAGUUUCUGAGCCUUUAGUUGGUGAAGAAUCUGUCAUGGCCAAAUUCCCAUUCAAUGUACCAGAGCCACCAAGUCAACCUCGAGUUGUCGAUUGGGAUAUUGAUUCUAUCACAAUAAAUUGGGAUAGACCAGUUUCUGAUGGUGGUUCACGUAUUCAAGGAUACAAAAUUGAAUUCCGUGACCCAGCAGAUGAUGGACAUUGGCGAAUUGCAAAUGACUAUCUUGUCAAGGAUACAAACUACGUUUGUUAUGGUCUUGCAGCUGGUCGUGAGUAUGAGUUCCGUGUACGUGCAAUGAACGCUGCUGGUUACAGUAAACCUUCUCCUCCGUCAACUCAAUUCAAACUUCGAUCCAAAUUCCAUGUUCCAUCACCACCUGGAACUCCUCAAGUUAUCAAAGUUGGAAAGAAUUAUGUCGAUCUCAGAUGGGAAGCACCUACAUCUGAUGGAGGAAGUAGAAUCACUGGUUAUAUUAUUGAAAGACGUGAAAUUGGUUCAGCUAUAUGGCUCAAGUGUAACGACUACAAUGUCACAGAUCUUGAAUACAGUGUUUUACAUCUCAUUGAACGUGGUGAUUAUGAGUUUAGAAUAUUUGCAGUUAAUGCUGCUGGCAGAUCUGAUGCAAGCUCAUGUACAACUCCAGUCAAAGUUUGUGAAGUUGAAGGAGGUGAGAAACCUGAGUUUACAAAACCUUUGCCAGUCACCCAAGGAGUACCACUUGGAAAAACAUUUGUCCUUGAGUGUGCAGCUACUGGAAAACCUAUGCCAACCCCAAGAUGGCUACGAAAUGGACGUGAAAUCACAAUGGGUGGAAGAUUCCGUAGUGAGACACGUGACGAUGGUCUAUUUAGACUUAUUAUUUCAGAAGUUUGGGAGGCAGAUAGUGGUGACUUUAGUUGCCAAGCUGCAAAUCCUCUUGGUAUUGCAACAACAACAAUGAGACUCAAGAUUGGAACACCACCACGUAUCGAACGUAUGCCAGGUGUAUUAUAUUUAUCAGAAAAAGACAAUACCAAGAUCAAAAUAUUCUACAGUGGAGAUCAGCCUAUGAAUGUUAAACUCAAGAAAGACGGUUCCAAAGUCAUUGAGUCAGGUCACAUUAAAUACACUGUAUUUGAUGAAUAUCUUAUUAUUUUUAUCAAAGAUAUUGACAAAGAAGACGGAGGUAUUUACGAACUUUCCAUUUCCAAUGAUAGUGGAGAUGUAUCAGGGUCAUUUACAGCUCAUAUUACUGGUCCACCAGGACCUCCAGUUGGACCACUUGAAGUAUCAGAUAUUGAUAAACAUACUUGUACUUUAUCAUGGAAUCCACCAAAAACAGACGGUGGUCUUAAAAUUACUCAUUAUGUUGUCGAACGUCGUGAAAUAGUCCAAGGUCAUUGGUUAACUAUUUCGAGCUUCUGUAAAGAUACUAAUUUCUUAGUGCAUGGUUUAACCGAAGGCCAUGAAUAUCUUUUUAGAAUUAUGGCAGUUAAUGAUAAUGGAAUGGGUCCAGCACUCGAAGGUGCAAAUCCCAUUAAAGCCAAGGCUCUUUAUGAUCGACCAGGACCACCAGGUAUUCCAAAAGUUUUGGAAAUCGGCGGUGAUUUUGUCAAUUUGUCUUGGGAUAAACCAGAAACUGAUGGAGGUGCUAAAGUUCAAGGCUAUUGGAUUGAUAAGCGUGAAGUUGGCUCAAUUGCCUGGCAACGUGUUAAUCCAGGAGUUUGUCCUACAAAUCAAAUUAAUGUAAGGAAUUUGAUUGAAGGAAGACAAUACGAAUUCCGCGUAUUUGCUCAAAAUAUUGCUGGUAUUAGUGAUGAAUCUAAAGCAUCAACAUCAGUGAAAAUUGUAGAUCCACAAAUAUCUACACCACCAGAAAUUCUCAAAGGUCUCAAAGCUGUUAAUUGUCAACAAAAUCAUAAUGCACAAUUCAAGUGUAUUAUUACAGGAUCACCAUCACCAACAAUAACUUGGUACAAAGGUGCACGAGAAUUACAAAAUGGAAGUCGUUAUAAUAUGUUCAGUGAGGGUGAUUGCCAUAAUCUAAUUAUUAAUGAUGUAUUUGGUGAGGAUGCAGAUGAAUAUGUUUGUCGUGCUGUUAAUAAAGGUGGCCAUAAAUCUACUAAGGCUGAAUUAUUUAUCAUGACACCACCAAAAUUAAAUGUCCCACCAAGAUUCAGAGACGUUGCCUUCUUUGACAAAGGUGUUAAUGUGACAAUUAAAAUACCAUUCACUGGAUUCCCCAAACCUAAGAUUACAUGGGUAAGAGAAGGUGAGACUAUUGAGUCAGGAGGACAUUACAAUGUCGAGCUCAAAGAACGACAUGCAAUUUUAACAAUAAGAGAUGGACAUAGAAAUGAUUCUGGUCCAUACAGAAUUACAGCUGAAAAUGAACUCGGACAAGAUAGUGCUAUUAUUAAAGUACAAAUCAGUGAUAGGCCUGAUCCUCCAAGAUUCCCUCAAGUCGACAAUAUUGGCCAUGACUCUUUGGCAGUUACAUGGAAGCCUCCUCUUUGGGAUGGUGGUAGUAAUAUUACAAAUUAUGUCGUUGAAAAACGUGAAUAUCCAAUGACAUCGUGGAUUCGAGUUGGAAAUACUCGUUUCUGUUCGAUUGCCGUUCAUGAUUUAAGCCCUGGACAUCAAUAUGAUUUCCGUGUAUCUGCUGAAAAUGUUUAUGGACGAUCAGAUCCAAGUGAGGCUACUUCACUUGUUACAACAAAAGGUACAAAGAAAAAGCCAACACAAAAACGUGAAGUUACAUAUGAUUCAACUGGCAAAAAAAUACGUGGAAGAAACGAUGAAAAAGUACGCGAUUAUGAUCAAUUUGUAUUUGACAUUUACUCAAAAUAUGUGCCACAACCAGUUGAAAUUAAAAGUACUUCAGUUUACGAUAAAUAUGAUAUUCUUGAAGAAAUUGGUACUGGUGCUUUUGGUGUUGUUCAUCGUUGUCGUGAAAGAGCAACUGGUAAUAUUUUUGCUGCCAAAUUUAUUCCAGUAUCUCAUAUUAUGGAAAAGGAACUUAUUAGAAAAGAAAUUGAUAUAAUGAAUCAAUUACAUCAUCACAAAUUAAUAAAUCUUCAUGAUGCAUUUGAGGACGAUGAUGAAAUGGUUUUAAUUUAUGAAUUUUUAUCAGGAGGUGAAUUAUUUGAAAGAAUUACAGCAGAAGGAUACUCAAUGUCUGAAGCUGAAGUUAUUAAUUACAUGAGACAAAUAUGUGAAGGAAUUAAACACAUGCAUGAAAAAAAUAUUAUACAUCUUGAUAUUAAACCUGAAAAUAUAAUGUGCCAAACAAGAAACAGUACAAAUAUUAAAUUAAUUGACUUUGGCCUGGCAACAAGACUUGAUCCAAAUGAAGUUGUUAAAAUAAGUACAGGAACUGCUGAAUUUGCAGCUCCAGAAAUUGUUGAACGUGAACCAGUUGGUUUUUAUACAGACAUGUGGGCAUGUGGUGUUUUGGCUUAUGUACUUCUUAGUGGAUUAUCACCAUUUGCUGGUGAUAAUGAUAUUGAAACACUUAAAAAUGUUAAGGCUUGUGAUUGGGACUUUGAUGAAGAAACUUUCCGUCAUGUAUCUGACGAAGGUAAAGACUUUAUUCGACAUUUACUUAUUAAAAACAAAGAAAAACGUAUGACUGCACAUGAAUGUCUUGUUCAUCCUUGGUUAACUGGUGAUCACAGCGACAGAACAAAUAGCAUUGCCAAAAAUCGUUAUGUUAGCUUUAGAGAUCGUCUUCGUAAAAAAUACGAAGACUGGGAAAAAUAUGUUUUACCAAUUGGUCGACUCGCUGAAUAUUCAUCUCUCAGAAAACUUCUCAUUGAAAAAUAUAAAAUAUAUGAUUCUACAUUCGAUCGAAGACAAGCAGCACCGAGAUUUGUCAUUAAACCAGCAAGUGCUUUUACUUAUGAAGGACAAAGUGUUAAAUUUACGUGUCGUGUAAUUGCUGAAGCAACAGCAACACUUACCUGGUAUCACAAUAAUCAAGAACUUCGACAAUCUGUAAAAUUCAUGAAACGAUAUAUUGGCGAUGAUUAUACUUUUGUUAUUAAUAGAUGUAAACUAGAAGACAGAGGAGAAUAUGUCAUAAGAGCUGAAAAUCAUUAUGGAUUUAGAGAAGAAGUUGUUUUCCUUAAUGUUCAACCAUUACCAAAAGAAAUGCCACCAUACAGACCUGAUAUUGCACCAGUACGUCGUAGAGCACCAUUACCACAAUACUUCUGGCUUGAACAAACUGAAUGUGCUCCUAGUUUUACUUUCUUACUUCGACCACGUGUUAUGCAAAGUAGACAAACUUGUAAACUAUUGUGUUGUCUUAGUGGUAAACCACCACCAUCAGUAAGAUGGUUUAAAGAUAGUCGUGAAUUAUCUAGGCAUGAAUAUUCAAUGACACAUUCUGAUGGUGUUGUAACAAUGGAAAUUGUUGACUGUAAACCAUCAGACAGUGGAAAAUACAGAUGUCUUGCAACAAAUAUACAUGGAUCUGAUGAAACUAGCUGUGUUGUUAUUGUUGAAGGAGAUGGUGAGACUGAGGAACAAGUUCAAUUAGCACAUGAUAUUAUGUUCUCUGGUGAACGUAGAUUUAUCGAACAACCAAUAAAACCUGCACCUCCACAAAUUAUUAUUAAACAAGAAUAUUCAUCAAAUAUUAAAACAUCACAUAGUUCCAGCAAUGGAACAUCAAGAAUAACACAAGAUUAUUCAACAAGUGCAAAGACCUUAAAGAAAUACGGUGGAAGUUCAACAGGAAGUCCAUCAAGAUCGAGAAAUACAACUAGAGAAUUAAUUGCACCAUCAGAUGAUACAAUGAGACCACCAACAUUUAUACGUAAAUUACAAGAUGUUAAAAUAAAUGAUGGUGAACAAUUGGAACUUUCAGUUAAAGUUGAUGGUGAUCCAGAGCCACAAAUAACAUGGUCAAAGAGUGGUAAAACACUAAGUUCAUCUGAAGUUAUUGAUCUUAAAUAUAAAAAUCGUGUAGCAACACUUGUUAUUAAUGAAGUAUUCCCAGAAGAUGAGGGUGAUUAUACAUGCCAAGCAAAAAAUAGUGUAGGAACAGUAACAACAUCAUGUAAAUUGACUGUUAAACCAAUGGCAAAUGGUGCUGGUAAAAAGAAAACAAGUAGUAAUGAUAAACCACCAAAAAUUGUUGAUCAUCUUGUCAGUGCAUUUGUCAAAGAUGGUGAAUCUGUUGUUCUUAGUUGUCGAAUAAUUGGUGCCAAGAAAUUCGAUGUUGUAUGGUUACAUAAUAACAAAGAAAUUAAACCAGGCAAAGAUUUCCAAUAUACAAAUGAAGCUAAUAUUUAUAAGCUUACUAUUGCCGAAAUUUUCCCAGAAGACUCUGGCACAUAUACGUGCGAGGCCUUUAACGAUGCUGGUGAAAGUUUCUCGUCAUGUACACUCAAUGUCCUCGUUCCAAAUGAGGAGCCAAAGACCCCAGUGUUCGCGACAUUCCCACAGUCAUCAACGGUGAACGAGGGUGAGGUAGCAAAAUUCACUUGUCGACUUGAAACUGCUCCACUCAAAGUAACAUGGCAAAAGGAUGGUAAGCCAAUUGACGAAAAGAGUAGUCGAUUCACAUUUAGCUCAGACGGAAAUAAAUUGUUCGAAGUGAGUAUAAAAUCAUGUACACCUGGUGAUAUUGGUCAGUACUCAGCACGAGCAAUUGGCAAGAAAGGCGAGACGACAGCUGCAUUUGCUUUAAAUGUAAUUGGUCCGAAUGAUCAGUAAAUCAAUUAUCACUUAUUUAAUUUUCUAUCAUGACGAAUAAACUUAACGAAUAAUUAUCACAAAAAAAAAAAAAAAACAUCAAUUCAUCAAAAUA